AUGUUCCACUCAAAAGUCCACAUAGAGGAAGGGGAUCUAGUCAUCCUGUACAUGGUACGGGACGACAUGACUGCCAUCACCAUCAAGAAGGGCCAGGUCUUGCACAACAAAUUCGGACGAUACCGCCAUGAAGACAUGAUCGGUAUGAAGUACGGCUCCAAGAUGCACUCCCCUCCCCCUCAGUCAGGCUACGUCUACCUCCUCCGCCCUACACCAGAACUAUGGACAUUAUCCCUCCCACAUCGGACGCAGAUCCUAUACAUGACCGAUAUCGCAUACAUCAUCAUGCGCCUGGGCGUGCGUGUCGGUGGGAAGGUCAUUGAAGCGGGAACGGGCAGUGGGAGCAUGACGCAUUCGCUGUCAAGAGCUGUAGGCAAGAAGGGGCAGGUGGGGAGUUACGAGUACCAUGCUCCAAGAUGCGAGAAGGCGAGAGCGGAGUUUGAGGAGCACGGCUUGACCAAUGUCCAAUUACAACAUCGGAACGUCUGUAAGGACGGCUUUGGUGAUAUCGAGAAUGUGGAAUCAGUCUUCCUUGACCUGCCCGCACCAUGGGAAGCAAUACCACACGCUAUCAAAGUGCUUCGGCCUGACGUUAUUACCAAAAUCUGCUGCUUCUCGCCAUGUCUUGAGCAGGUCCUGAAGACCGUUUCGACACUACGGGAAUACGGCUUCUCGGAUAUAUCCACCCAAGAGGUCCUCACUCGCACACACGAAUUACAACCCCCACCCCUCCCCGGCUCAAACCACCUCCGCUCCAUCGACGACAUUGUCAUCGGCCUCCACGCGCACGAGAAGAAGAAGGAAGAACGGCGCUUGUUACAGAUGAAAACGGCGCGGGAGAAGGCGGCGCGGAUAAGAGAAGAGCGAGCGAGAGCUGAGGAUCCAGAAGGUACGGGAGUGGCGGCGGCGCUGGCAGAGAUGCUGAACGAGGAGCUGGCGAAGGAUACGGUGAACGCGGGUGCAGAGGCAGAGACUGGGGCGGCAGUGGAGCAGGGAAAGAAGCGGAAAGCGGACGAGGCGAGCGCGGUGUCAGAGGCGGUACCGGCAAAGCGGACCAAGGCGGACGCGACAGCAUCCGAAGCGGACCUUUUGCUCGCUGUCAGCAACGCACCUGCGCCUGUGCCCAAUGCGUUGUCGGAGGAGGAGACACCCGCCGCUUCAUCCAGUAAACCCCAGUCGCCCAGAUCCUCUCUACCCGAGAAUACCCUAUCAUCACAAGUCCUCCUUCGCGUCUCACCGGAAAUGCGCGGUCAUACUUCCUACCUCACAUUUGCGACAUUCUACCCCGCUGCCGUCCGGGAGGCAAUGGCGAACCAGGGAGGAUCAUCGACCAAGCCGGCAUCACCGGCGGCAACGGAGGCCGCAGUGGCAGCUACGCAAACGACGGAGACUGAGACGGAAUACGGGGACCCGACGCUGGACAAUAUAGUGGGGACGUUGACCGAGGAGGAGCUCAUUGCCUUCAUGGGGGCAUGA